GAUUUGUUUAGUUCUAAUAGCCUCUGUCUCUUCUAUUUUUCCUUUCAAAAACAGCUGAGGUCUCCCCAGUGAUAAAUUCAUAGAAUGACUGAUUACUGUCUAUUUGGAUUAAAAUUGUUAUAUAGCAUCUUGAAUUCACACCUUUUUAACUAAACCUUUUGGGGAAAGGCUAAUCAUCACAAUGCUUAGAAAUCUCAAAGUGUAAAUCUAGAAUCCGAGUUAACAGAUGAUACCUUGCUUGUCCAGCAACUUCCUCUUUCCCUCCUUCCUGCCUCAUCCUUGCUUCCCCUGGCUCUACCCUCCACCCCUCAAGUCCUCCCACCCCCGACUCCCACCAACGAGGAUCUGUAACAAAGUCAAAAGGAGAAAGCUGAGAAUCCAUCUUUGGAGCUGACAUGCCACCACUUCAACACGAAUAAAAAUGUGUAAGCACACAAAACUUCCCGUCUACAGCCUUCCUGAGGCCUUGGUGGGCUUUUCUAAAUCCCAUUUGGACACCAGAGUCUCUUGAGUUUUCCUGAAUUCUUUUCCCUAGUGGAGACACUCAAGUUACCCCAAAAUCACUCAUUUUGGAGAGGCCCAUCUGCCAAAUGUAAGACUUGAAAAGGAUAGGUGAAAAUGAUCUCACCUGGGCAAUUUCAGAAGUUAUUUGUCCUCUUGCUUCCAGUCAGUCCUCUAUCUAGCUGUCAGAACAGUUAAAGCCCAGGACAGACGGUGCAACCCUUGUCCAGAAAUCUGCUGCAGACGGGGAGGUGGAAGUCCCCUCAACCCAGGCCGUCCUGCCUUUCCGGACCUCUCCCCCUGCACGUUCCAGCUCAGCCGUCCCACCACCCGAGCAUACCCUCCCUCCCCGGCGGCUAGCACAUGCCUGGAAGGCUCUUCACCCCCGCCUAUUUCACUUCCUUUAAAGCCCAGCUCCAUCGUCUUCUCCCCAAGGAAGGCUUACCUUUUUUCGUCCUUCCCGCCAUUUGUGCUUUCUCCUAUGGGGGAGAGCGGGUGGAGUGAAGAACAGGAGAAAAAGCCUCCAGACGUGCGGUUAGGUGCUCUGCCUUGUGACCGGGAGGGCAGGAGCAGGUUCACAGCUGGAAGCGCUUUUUCACGGAUGAGAAGCUGGCUUCCCAGGAGCCACAGCCUCCAUGCUCUUUUCCAAGGACCACAUUAAUUUGCACCGUGACGACACCGGACAAAGCAGUCUGGGUUUCAAUCUCCUAAGGUCCCAAACGCCAGUAUCUGCACUGUUCAUCUAACAGAGCUUAAAUUUUCAUCAAUUUCGGACAGAUGACUUUAGGAAGCAGCCCAAGGGGGUAGGAGGACCGCGGCGGCGGCUCCGGACCACGCGGCUCAAGCCGGGUCAGAGGGAGGUGGGUGGUGCGAGGCCCGCCCCGCCCAAGACCCCGCCCCUUUCGUAGAACACGCCCCUCCACUCCCGCCACUCGCAGCGCGAGGGGGCGGGGCCACCGGCGCGAGCGCGGGAAACCCGGCGGCGGCGGCGGCUGCAGUGAAGGAGCUUCCCGUCCUGGGUCCGCCGCACCGUCCUUUCUCUGCCUUCCCAGCUCCGCUCCAGGCAGGGCUGAGACCCGGAGAGCGGAGAAGAGCGGUGUGAAAUAACCCGCUGCCCAGAACCUGAGGGUCUAAGAGAAUGAAGGUCAUCACUUGUGAAAUAGCGUGGCACAACAAAGAACCGGUGUACAGCCUGGACUUCCAGCAUGGGCCCGAUGGGAAAAUUCAUAGAUUGGCUUCUUCGGGAGUAGACACAGCUGUGCGGAUCUGGAAAGUAGAAAAAGGACCAGAUGGAAAAGCCAUUGUAGAAUUUUUGUCCAAUCUUGCUCGCCAUACCAAAGCAGUAAAUGUUGUUCGGUUUUCUCCUAAUGGUGAAAUCUUAGCAUCUGGGGGAGAUGAUGCUGCCAUUUUGUUGUGGAAGGUUAAUGAUAACAAGGAGCCAGAACAAAUUGCAUUUCAGGAUGAGGAUGAGGCACAACUGAAUAAGGAGAAUUGGGCUGUCAUUAAAACAUUAAGAGGACACUUAGAAGAUGUGUAUGAUAUUUGCUGGAUGACUGAUGGAAAUUUAAUGGCUUCUGCCUCUGUAGAUAACACAGCUAUCGUAUGGGAUGUUGGUAGAGGACAAAAAGUUUCCAUCUUUAAUGAGCACAAGAGUUACGUACAAGGAGUUACCUGGGAUCCCUUGGGUCAAUAUAUUGCUACUCUGAGCUGUGACAGGGUGUUGCGGGUCUACAGCACACAGAAGAAGCGUGUUGCCUUCAAUGUUACAAAGAUGCUGUCUGGGGUGGGAGCUGAAGGCGAGGCAAGAAGUUACCGAAUGUUUCAUGAUGAUAGCAUGAAGUCAUUCUUUCGUAGACUUAGUUUUACUCCUGAUGGAUCUUUGCUUCUCACACCAGCAGGUUGUGUUGAAUCUGGUGAAAAUGUAACAAAUACAACUUAUGUUUUCUCCAGAAAGAAUCUUAAAAGGCCUAUUGCUCAUCUCCCCUGCCCUGGAAAAGCAACACUUGCUGUCCGCUGCUGUCCAGUCUACUUUGAAUUGAGGCCAGUAGAUAAAGCUUCACAGGAGUCAGGACUGGAACUGAUUAGCUUACCCUACCGGUUGGUGUUUGCUGUGGCAUCUGAAGAUUCUGUGCUUUUCUAUGACACCCAGCAAGCCUUUCCUUUUGGUUAUGUGUCCAACAUCCAUUAUCAUACACUGAGUGAUAUUUCAUGGUCCAGUGAUGGGGCUUUCCUGGCCAUUUCUUCUACAGAUGGGUAUUGUUCCUUUGUGACAUUUGAGAAAGAUGAACUUGGAGUGCCUUUAAAGGAGAAACCUGUGUUAAAUGUGAGAACUCCUAAUACAGCAGAGAAGAAAGCCAAGAAUCAGACACACCGAGUGACUUCCCCAAGCCCUAGGCCAGUGGAAGGAACCCCUACCAGUAGAAACCAAGAUCCAAACAGUUCUAUGACACCCCUUCAGAAUAGGCAGUCUCCAGCCCUGACAGUGAACAAGGACCUGCCCAUGAGUCCUCUUGGAAAUAGAAGCUCCCUGAAUCCAUCCUCAGAAGAGAAGAAAACUCUGCAGGCUUGUAGUCAGAACAUAAAGUCAAGCCAGCCCCGGAGGAUUACUUUGAAUACCUUACAAGCUUGGAGUAAGACAGCUCCCCGGAGAAUAAACUUAAUGGCCUUAAAGACAGAUGCUCAGACAUGCACCCCACAAGUCAACUCUGCUUCUAGCCCAUCUGUAGAAAUAUGUCAGCCAGAUAUUAGCAGAGUUAACCUAGGAAAUCUCCACAAGUGACUUGGAACCAGAGAAGCAGACCCCCCUUCAGAGCUGUCCUAAAAAUGUGGCUUAUUCCAGAAUGACCAAGAGAAGAUAUCUCCAGGGGCCAGAUAACUGCAUGGAACACCUGAGAUUCAAGACAAGAUGAAAUGAUUAAAUGGACAUUGGAAGUGGAUUACUAGGAUAUGAGCUUGAUAUUAUUUAUUUAUGAUGAUAUUGCUUUGGCCUUUCAUUUCAUGGUCUUUAUAUUUGUUGAGUUUUCUUGGUUACCUUGGUGACAUACAAAUCUCCCCUGUCAAAAUUAGUCUAUUGUGAUCGCUCUAAGUUGUUUGAUCUGUAAUCUAACUUAAGCAAUUCUGAUUAGGAAUAUAAGAAAACUUUAUAAAUUUGGUUUAUAGAUUAGUAAUCCCUGGUGGGAAUGAGCUGGCCCCUCCCCCAUGAAUCAAAAGGGGGAAUUGAGGGAAUUAAAACAGCAAAUGGUAUUGGGAAUUGUGUGAUUCACACUGAUUCCAUCUUGUGACUCAAUUCUGGAGCUAACUCAUUUCUCUUUCUUUUCAGUUAUACAUCUAGUCCAAUUUCUACCUUGUGAGAAAAUUUUAAUUGUGGAAAUUGUGAGAAAGCUUUAUUGCAUUGUUUGAACCUAGCCCUGCAUAGCUAAGAAGAUACCUCUACUUGCUGCUUAGAGACCCUUAACUAAGGACCUACAUUAUGCUGACCAGAAACCUAGUCAGAUCUGAAGAUUGAUGCAAGGAGUUUUCUCACAAUUAUACAUCUCAAGCAGCUUAUCUGUCUUAUCUGAAAACUGGCCCUUCUGGUUAAUAAGUUAGCAUUCCCAUGUUCCUUUGAUUGAAUAUAGACACUUGCAGGGAGUGGGACAUCUCUUUUUCUGAUUUCAGGAAACUGCACCUGUUUGCUCAUCCAUUCCCAACUUGGGAAAUCCCUAAUCUUUCUUCCAAUCAGAAAUCAGAUUACCUAAUUUUGUAUCUUGGUUAAUUGUUUUCUUUUAAUUAAUUGGUCUUAUUUGAUUAGUUGCUUUCAAAUACAUAAAAAUAUGUUGCCCACUGUAUUCAGAGUCCAGUACCAAAGCUGAGGAAAACCUGGUCCCAAUUUGUUAGGCA